GUCUCAUUGGUCGGGCGGCGUGACAGUCAACUGCGCCGACCUUCGGCCGGGGGUCCGGUUCCGUCCUUCUCGCUGGGGGGCGGCUCCGGGCUGCGCGAAGCCGGGAUGGCCUCCGGGAGCGGUGCGGCGGGGGAGGCCGUCAGCGGGGCCCAGCUCAUCGCUGAAUCCCUUAAGGCUCAAAAUAUUGAAUACAUGUUUGGUAUUGUUGGUAUUCCAGUCACUGAAAUCGCAAUUGCAGCCCAAGCAGUUGGAAUAAAAUAUGUAGGAAUGAGAAAUGAACAAGCUGCCUGUUAUGCUGCAUCUGCUGUUGGAUAUUUGACUAGCAGACCAGGAGUAUGUCUUGUAGUGUCCGGUCCAGGUUUUUUACAUGCCCUUGGUGGGAUGGCAAAUGCAACCAUGAACUGCUGGCCUUUGAUUGUUAUUGGAGGCUCUUCCGACAGAAAUCAGGAAACCAUGGGAGCUUUCCAAGAAUUCCCACAGGUUGAAGCUGGUAGGCUGUACAACAAACUGUCUGUCCGACCAAGCAGCCUAGAAGCUAUUCCUACUGUUAUUGAAAAGGCGGUAAGAACCAGCAUGUAUGGUCGUCCAGGUUCUUGCUAUAUUGACAUACCUGGGGAUUUUGUGAAUCUUCAGGUGAAUAAGAGCUCUGUCAAGUAUGUGGAAUGCUGCCUGCAACCUCCCAUCAGCACAGCUGAACACUCUGCUGUAUCUGAAGCAGUGUCUAUCAUUGCUCUUUCCAAGCAGCCUCUGCUAAUCGUUGGCAAAGGUGCUGCGUAUUCACAUGCUGAAAACAACAUCAGAAGGCUGGUGGACCUUUGUGGGCUGCCUUUUUUGCCUACACCCAUGGCAAAAGGAGUAGUUCCUGAUAACCAUCCAAAUUGUGUAGCUGCAGCAAGAUCAACGGCAUUACAGCAUGCUGAUGUAAUAAUCUUGCUUGGUGCAAGGUUGAAUUGGAUUUUGCAUUUUGGUCUUCCACCAAGAUUUCGACAAGAUGUAAAGGUUAUUCAGAUUGAUAUUUGUGCAGAAGAGCUGGGAAAUAAUGUGAGGCCAGCUGCAAUUUUAUUGGGUGACAUAAAUGCCGUGACUAAGCAGCUCUUAGAAGAAUUCAGCAGAAGACCAUUGAAAUAUCCAUCUAAUACAGAGUGGUGGAAGAAGCUAAGAGAAAAAAUGAUGAAGAAUGAGGAAAGAUCAAAGGCAUUAGCAUUACAGAAAUCACUGCCUAUGAAUUAUUACACGGUUUUUCAUCACAUCAGAGAACUGAUACCCAAAGACUGCAUCUUAGUAAGUGAGGGAGCAAACACCAUGGACAUUGGACGAACUAUGCUUCCAAAUUACUAUCCCCGUCAAAGGCUUGAUGCAGGUACUUUUGGAACGAUGGGAGUCGGACUGGGUUUUGCUAUAGCAGCUGCGAUGGUAGCUAAAGACCGAACACCUGGAAAGCGAGUCAUCUGCAUAGAAGGAGAUAGUGCUUUUGGAUUUUCUGGGAUGGAGGUAGAGACUGUUUGCAGAUACAACUUGCCAAUCCUGAUUAUUGUAGUAAACAACAAUGGAAUUUACACUGGUUUGGAUGCAGAUGCCUGGAAGGAGACGUUAAAGUUUGGAGAUCCUGCUACAUGCAUACCUCCUGUUUCUCUCCUGCCAAAUUCACACUAUGAGGAAAUUAUGUCUGCCUUUGGAGGUAAAGGAUACUGUGUUAAAACACCAGAAGAAUUGCAGAAUGCUCUGAAAGCAAGCAUGACUGACAAGCAAACACCUUCUCUUAUAAAUGUAAUGAUUGAUCCACAGUCUGAGAGAAAGAAACAGGAAUUUCCCUGGCUGACUCGUUCUAACCUGUAGUAGAAGAUGAAGAUAAUGGUGGUGCAAGGAAGUGCGUUAAGCAAAACUAAAUUGAUUUCCAGAAGUGGAAUUCGUACAUCUCUAUUUUACAUGACGAUUGGAACAAAGCGGGGUUUUAGAACCGCUGUUAGAGGAAUCUUUAAAUGCUGAAAUUGGUUAAUUGUAAAAUGAAAAAGACACAUGUGAAUGUAUACCAGGCCUUCUAGCAGAUAAUACAGAAACACUGAUGAUAAAAUUAUAUACUUUUUCUUUUACUCAGUCAUACCUGUCAAGAUUUGUGAAUUAAAAACGUGGAUGUUCUGGACAAAGGGAGUAAGCUGAGGGUUUUAUGCUGACUGAAGCAUAAGGGUCUUGGGCAGUCUGCAAUUACAGUAGCUUCAUUUUUAACUGACCACCAGCUUGCUACUUGUUAGAGACUUUGUCCUAUAAUGACCAAAACAAACCAUCUUAUUGUGAAAAAGUGCUGAUCGGCCUCAUGCAUUGAAGCCCAUAGGGUUGAGGUGGCUUUGUAAUUUUACAGGUUUCUUUACAUCUGUUCUUAAAUGCACUGGGAGGUUCUUUGUUAUUACAUAUAUAAAAGGGAAAAUUCUGACUCUUAAUUUGGGUUUUGAUUGCUUUAUUGUCUGUCAUUGCAUUGACAUUAAGUGCUAGUUAACUCUUGGAAGGCACUUGGCUGACCCAAGGAAGAAGAGGACGGGGCUGACAGGGGAUCCUAGCCUGCAGUUAGGUUUGUUGCAAAAAGCUUGGCAUGUUAGUUCUUGCACUUCAGUCCGGGUCUGGCAUGAGGCCAUGGGUUACUGCUAGGCAGAGGGACAUCUCUGCACCCUUGUGCAGAAAGAUAGCAUCUGACAUCUGACACAAGCAAGAGUACUGCAGUCUGACUAGAGGUACCACGACUUAUUUGUGUGGGAACAGCCAUGUGGCACUAUGAAUGCUUGAGUCAAGAAAGGUAAUAUCCUUAGGAGGCUGAGAAGUGCAGAAAGAUAAAAUCCAUGGAAUGGAUGCAACUCAUGAACGAGUGUAAGGCUGCUGAGACUGCAGAGUUGCUAUGUUCUCUGAGGUGCUCUGCAAGGAAUGUGGAACAACACUGGAUGUUGUCACCAAUUUUGUUUCAUCCUUGUUAACUCAGAAAUUGAUUUUAAUAUGCUGCAGUGACUAAAUACAAUCCAUUAUGAUGAUGUAAAAUAUCGGUAAGAGUUAAUGCUGGUACUGACCACAGGGGAUGUAGUUUGCAUUGGAUCAGCAAAUGCAGAAAUUCUUGGUUUAUAUUUGAAAAUUAAUAAAAAGUGAUUUUCUUACUGUUUCUCCUUUAAUGAGAGUAUUUGAAUUAUGUCAGCGUUUUGUGUCAGCUGUUGGAAAAGAGCUUAUGUUGGCUUUUUAGAAAAGUUGUUGAAUAACCACAAUAACAUGUACAACUCAUUUUAAUGAGUCAAGAUGCCUGAAAAAUGGAAAGCAAAGAAUUCAAAACUGUGAGGAGGCAAUAAUGUAAUUGAUAGCAUCAGUUUGGAUUUCAUUGAGCUUUUAAAAAGCUCCAAAAUGAAUUAACACUGCAUUUCUUUAUAGCUUUAAAAUAGGCUAAUACCAUGAUAUAAUAGAAGUUCUUGGGUUGUAAUGAUUAGGGGUUUUGAGGUGAGAGGGUGCACAAUACACAUAUAAAACUAAGGAGAGUGAAAUUUGUACUACUUUGUUUAUAUAGCUUCCUUGCUUGGUACUAUGUUUUGUACCAUGGAGUUGCAUCUAAGAGGAGUGUUAGGCAGGUGAAACUAUAUGAAAGAAAAGUUUCGGAGAUGAGAUAGAAACAAGGUAUCUCUGAAAUGUCCUAAUUUUAUUGAAAGAGGCAAAAAAAAUACAGAUGUCUUAAGUCCGGGAAUGCUGACCCACGUGGCUUAGCCAACUGGAAAUUUUGAGGCCAGAGCACAGAAUUAAACAGGCUCAAGACACCAAACUCAAGAAGAAGAAAAUGCCUGUUAGUGUUUAAAUAAGACACAGUUCUGAGUCUAUUUCAUAUCAUGGUUUUCAGGUAAAUAAAAAAUAUUUGAAAUUUUGCUAUA